AUGUCUCUGAAGUCCAAGAGCACCAAGAUGCCCCCAGUGGUGGACGAGGGCGAAAGCCAGCCUAAGCCCGUGAAGAAGAAGGUGAAGUCGAAGGCGAAGACCAUCAACUGGGGCUUUUACAUCAUGAAGGUCCUCCGCCAGGUCCAUCCAACCUUGCGAAUUUCCAAGCAGGCCAUGACCGUGAUGAUCUCCUGCGUCGAAGAUACCUUUGACCGCAUCUCGAUGCAGGCAAACAGGCUUUGCCGGCGAAGUGGCUCCCACAACAUCAACACACGCGACAUCCAGUCUGCUGUGCGUCUCGUUUUCCCUGGCGAGCUGUCUCGGCAUGCUGUCUCCGAGGGUUGUAAGGCAGUGAUCAACCACAAGAACAGCGGUGGAGGCAGGAUGGCAGCAGCGGCUGACGAGGAGGUUGCUGAUGAGGAGGAGGAGGGCGAGGAUGGUGAGGAAGCCGAGGACGAGUGA